AUACUGGCAGACACCAUUUGAGUGGCUCUCCGUCAGGUCAGGAACGCGUCCCACAGUUCCCAGCGCAGGAAAAUCAAAGAUGUUGUUUGCGCCCCUGACUAUGAGAAUUCGAGAGGGCUUGACAUCAAGAAAGAAAUGCCUCAAGACGAAGAGUCGAGUGUGAGGGGGUGUUUCUUCCAAGCGACCGAGGACGAGAGAGUUGAUUUUUGACCUCGGAAAAAAGUGGAAAAACGCGCGUAUACGGCGUGAGAAGCGCAUCACGCACCCUGAUAGUGGAGAGGAUAAAGCGCGCAGGAGCGCACAGGUAUUUCCAUUUGUUAUCCAAACAGACAGCAGCUCCUUCAACAUGGAUGACAGCUGGAUGUCGGUAUUGGAGAACAUCAGCAUGUCUCCCUCGCAGCCCUACGCCAUUUACAGAACCGCCAACAAUAUCUCAGAAGUGGCCGCGCCGAUGCCCUUCGACGUGAUCACUGCAGUCGUGUACACCAUCGUCUUCAUCUUGGGUCUUCUGGGUAACACGUUGGCCAUCUACGUGGUGGUUCGCUACGCCAAGAUGAAGACAGUAACCAACAUGUACAUCCUCAAUCUAGCCCUGGCGGAUGAACUCUACAUCCUGGGAAUUCCCUUCCUUGGCACCAACAGUGUGCUUUCCUACUGGCCAUUUGGUGAUUUCCUCUGUAAAGUGUGCAUGACCAUUGAUACCAUGAGCCAGUUCGCCUCCACCUUUUGCCUGACGGUGAUGAGCAUCGACCGCUACCUGGCCGUGGUUCAUCCCAUUCGCAGUGCCAAAUGGAGGAAGCCGCAGGUGGCCAAGAUUUUCAAUGCCACGGUGUGGGUUGUGUCCUUUCUGAGCGUGCUGCCGGUCACCAUCUUCUCAGGUGUGCAGGAGGAUUUCAACACCUGCAACAUAACCUGGCCUGAGCCGCAAGACGUGUGGUCCAUCGUCUUCAUCCUGUACACUUCCAUCCUGAGCUUCUUCGGUCCUCUGCUUGUCAUCUGCGUCUGCUACCUGCUCAUUGUCAUCAAGGUGAGGUCAGCAGGCAUGCGCGUAGGCCGGACUAAGCGCCGCAAGUCGGAGCGCAAGGUGACGCGCAUGGUGGUGAUCAUUGUGCUGGUGUUUGUCAUUUGUUGGCUGCCUUUCUUCACUUCAAACAUCGUCAACCUGAUUCACACCAUCCCCGAGGCCAACACCACCAUCUACUUCUCCCUGGUCAUCCUCACCUACGUCAACUCCUGUGCCAACCCGGUCCUCUAUGGCUUCCUCUCAGACAACUUCAAGCAGAGCUUCCAGAAGGUGCUCUGCAUCCACAAACCGAAUUGUGUCGGCGCGACAGACCAGCUGGGAGGUAGAAAGAAGGCCCCAGUGGACAACCACAAUCCUGUCCUCACACCCAGAAGUCACGCACGGAAUGGGCAAAUUCAGAGCUUUGAGCUGCCGGCCCAGAUGGAGGCAGUAGGGAAUCUUGACAGCAAGUCUUUAACUUUAAACAUCAUGGCGAAUGGACAGCAAUCACUAUGAGUUUUCAAGCCGACCCUUCACGUGCUGGUGUGCUACCACAUGGGACAUCUACUCUUGGACCUUGUAUCGAAAGGAAUUUGUUGUUGUUUUUUUGUUGUUGUUUCUUGUAUUAUUGCUGUUUCUUCUGUGAUUUGGACAUUUAAAGAGAAGACCAGUGGACCAAAGUGGUGUGAGAAGACUGCACAGAGCAGUCAUCACAGAGCCCGGCGUUUCUGUUGGUCAUUUACGUCUUUGUACUGUAGCUAGGUGGGCAGCACUGUUCGAAGCAUUAUUUUAUGUACGAUCUACGAUCUCAGUACAAUAACAGUAUACAGUCGUCGUGAGAUGUUAAAACGCUGUAAAUUCUCAAAUAACUUUACUUUGACUUUUAUUUUUGAAACGGGCUCAUACUGGAGACAGGCAUUUUCUUUGUUUUAUUUUUAGCUGUGAUGAGCUGUGAAUGAAGCAGCACAGCCAGGUGGAUUUAUCUCUUCUCCUCGCGCAUGCUGGAGUGGAUGCCGGAUUGCGACGCAAAGGAGCCGCAUACCUUAUUAUCAAAUCCUGACUCACCGUUUGGCUGCUGGACUGCGAGCAUUGACAUUUGAUGCCGACAUUACUCGGACGUUGCUGGACAACACUGUGGCAUCUCCGAAGCUGCAGCUUGAGCCGUUAUCAAUGGCGGGAUCGGUUUGAGCUUCUUUGAAAUACUGCUCAGUAAGACGGACCUGUGGAUACCUUAGAGGGAAUAUUUAUGUUAGAGACACUGUGAAUUUCAGAUUAGUAGGUCAUUUUCAAUAUGGGGUCUUGAGACAGCCCCCCACACACAAAAAAAAAAAAAACAAACAGUAACUCGGGUGUUCUUUCUAAGAAUUAAUCAUGAAUAUUAACAAACGAUCAAGUCUGCUUUGCAUGCUUAUACGUGCCUGCACGAAACAAAGCUGUUGUGUGCAGAUCUAUAUCCACUAACAGACAGCUGAUGCUUAUAGUAGCUGUGAUUUAUCAAUGUUAUAGCAGGUUGAUGUUUCAGACUGAAGCACUUUAUCAUUUUUUCAUUUCAAAAGAGAACAACGGCAGCUUCACGCUUGAAUGUCUCUCCAUGUAAAAUGAUGUGGCUUCAUUUCUAUGAUUUUUGUAAAUAUGAGGUCAAAGCAGUUUUAUUGCAACAAAAAAGGAAAGAGGGAACAAGAAGAAGUAAAAGUGUUGUGCUUUCCUUGGAUAAUAAUUCAGACCACUGAAACAGACUUGGAUGUAUUAUGUGAUAUGACUUAAAAUGACUUGCCACGGAAACGAUUGUGUACAUAGAAAUCGUUGUCGGCAAAAUGAAGCGAGGUGGUUCAGAGUUUCCCUGUGAGCCGACUUUUUAUUGGUGUUAAUGGUGGUGGGGUUUUAUUUGUUUUUGUUUUUCCAUGAUCCAUGAUCUAGAAACCCUUUCACUGUCAAUUUAAUAAAUGCAACCAUAUCAAAAG